AACGUGCAGUCAACCCGCGUGCUCCAUUCUUUCGCCGCCCCGGUGAUGUGGCAGUGCCAGCCGGAAGACAUCUUUAAGUGAAGCCCACCUGGUCGCCCUACUCAGUGCACUGGUUCUCUACGGCUUAACUCCCGGACUUAGGCUGACGCUGAAGAAGUUAUGAACGCCAUGGAUGCCGACGACACUACUACCGAGGCAGGAGACGGGAAAAUGAUCACCGUAUGUUUCGAGGCUGCGCAGCUCUUCAACGACGAUGGCCGGCAGCCUGAUUCCACGGCGGUUGCCGCGGCCAAGGCCAUGCCGGCACUGCGCGAUCUGAGGAAUUCGCGACAGGACUGCGAUGUCGUCUUCCGCGUGGCCGGCGGGGUCGAGGUGUGGGCACACCGAUCCAUUAUGGUUGCCAAGUACUCGGGAUGCAACGCACUCUUGGAUGUCGCCAGGGAAGGCAUGAGUCCCGAAGAGAAACAGAAAAACAAGCGGACUCCAUCGAUUCGGGUGAUGAUGGAAGACCUGGAGCGCGACAUGGUGGAGCUGCUUGUCGACUUCGCCUACGACACUCCGCUGGACGAGCGCAUCGGCCCCCACAACGUCGCCAAGUUUCUCGAGCUGGCCCAGAAGCACAGGAUAUUCUGGCUACUGGAUCACUGCCUUAGCACCCUCGAGAAGGACCUCGACCCGCAGAACUGCAUCGGAACUCGCCAACUGGCAGCCAGCUGGUGUUACUUGCAUCUCGCGCAAGAAGCCUUGCGCUACCUGGUUCGCAACUUCAACGAGGUAUGGAAGAGCAGCCCUCAGUUCCAGGAUCUGAGGCCGGACGAGAUGCGCACCGUCCUCGCAGACGACCGCCUGUGCGUUGUCAACGAAGUGGAAGACACGUUCGCCGCCAUACUCAAGUGGAUCUCCAGCGACCCGAACAAGAGAAAGGCCCACCUCGCCGAGUUCUUGCCGCUCGUACGCUUCGGAUCCUGCCCCUUGACGUGAGCACACCCUCAC